AUGGCAGCGUGGUGGCACAAUGCUCCCUUUGGCGAAGAUUACCAGAACGCGGCAUACAACGGCUUCCCUUUCCUCCCAGAAUUUGGUAAUCGCCGCGGUGCACCUCGAGAAGAACCUUUCGUUCACUGGCGUCCCGGCGGAAUCAAUGGUCGAGGCUGGUAUCAAGGCGGCCGCAAACUCUCAAAGUUCAAAUCCAAGAAAUACUGGGCUCGACCCUCCGACGGCGCUCGACACGGAACAUUCGGUCGCAUCAAAGACGCUCUGACGGGCGAGGGACCAGAUCUCUUCGUGGUUGCGAAUGGAGAUCGUAGGACUCUGCAUCGCGAAGUGCCAAGUCGGAACCAUUGGAGUAAUUGGGAUAGUACUGGGCUCGGAUGGUUGGAUUCGAAUUGGAGAGGUGCUGCUGAGGAUAUGGAUUGGUAUCCGCCCGGUAAUCUCGGUUCCACGCCUUGGGCUAGAAGGGAGAGAGAUGAGGUGUACAAUCACCGCACACGACGGUAUAGUCAUAUCAACGGACACAAUCGGUGGAAUUUCUGGAGUGAUGCGCGUUGGCCGCAUGGUGAGAGGAAGAAAUGGGGUGUGCCGACUUCUUGGCGGGAGUGGGAUGGUCAUUGGCAUUCGAGGGUUGAUGGGUCGGCUGGGAGGUGGCCUGGUGGAAGGCCGCUGAGGGCUUGA